UUUCAAUUUAUAGGUCCUCUACACACACACCCACAUCCAGACACACAUAGACAAAGUCAGGAUGUGACAUCAUCCACAGGAAGAGAAGCCAAACAGUUUUUUCUAUCUUGUUUUUUUUUUACUGUGUUGUCUGAAGCUUGAGCCUCUCGGACUGUUUGUGAACAACAGAGAGGGAGAAGACCGAGAGGAGCUGGAGGGGGGCUGGAAGCUGACCUCCACAAGGAGUUUAAAGUCAAGCGAUCUGGGACGCCUGGAUCCUCCCUGAACUCCCCACAACUUUCCACCACAUUCCAGACGCUCCGCUGUAGGAUCUCAGCCAGAGACCAACUGAAAACAAGAACUCUCUGCAAUCUCUACAUGACAGACGUUGACCCCCAGUGACCUGAUUUCAGCCCUUCUCCUCUGGAAGGCUUUUUUUUAUCCAAGUCUUAUUCUGGAGAGCCUGUCCUCCCCUUAUCUGAAGGGAAACAUUUGAGUCGAUGGCGCUGUGUCUCGGACAAGUGUUCAGCAAAGACAAAACCUUCAGGCCCAGGAAGCGUUUUGAGCCGGGCACGCAGCGCUUCGAACUCUACAAGAAGGCCCAGGCCUCGCUCAAGUCGGGCCUGGACCUGAGGAAGGUGGUGCAGCUGCCAGAGGGGGAGAACCUCAAUGACUGGAUCGCAGUUCACGUUGUGGAUUUCUUCAACAGGAUCAACCUGAUCUACGGCACCGUGAGCGAGUACUGCACCGAGCGCACGUGUCCCAUCAUGUCUGGGGGACUGAGGUACGAGUACAGGUGGCAGGACGGCGACGACUACAAGAAGCCCACCAAGCUGCCGGCGCUGAAGUACAUGAACCUGAUGAUGGACUGGAUCGAGUCGCUCAUCAAUAACGAGGACAUCUUCCCCACCAGAGUAGGUGUACCUUUCCCCAAGAACUUCCAGCAGGUGUGCAAGAAGAUCCUGAGCCGCCUCUUCAGAGUGUUUGUGCACGUUUACAUCCAUCACUUCGACAGCAUCUGCAGCAUGGGUGCCGAGGCCCACAUCAAUACCUGCUACAAGCACUACUACUACUUCAUCUCAGAGUUCAACCUCAUCGAUCAGUCCGAACUGGAGCCCCUGAAAGAGAUGACAGAGAAGAUAUGCCAUUAAACAAAGACCACAUGGACAAAGGAGUUUACAUUCUGAAGUUAUCUGAGCCCUAUGAGAAAACAGAAAAAAGAACAAUUUUAUAUACAUUUGUAUGAGCGGUUUUCCAUUAACUCAACACACUUGUUCCAAAGAUGGAGCUGCACCUUCACAGAAGUUUCACAGCCACGACGGUGCUGUGAUGUCAUUGUUAUAGUUUCUUGUAUUGUUUUAUAAAACCACAUCAUCCUUUUUCUUUUUUUCUUUGUGCAUUUAUAUUUGUGUGAUCUCAGUGUUUUGAUACACAGUACUGAUUGUGAUGACUGUGAGUUUGUGUUUUAUAUGUUUUUCUAGUUUUUAUCAAAGGGCAUAAAAAUUCAAAUUAUGGACAUUA